CCCAAAAUCGCAUAAUUUUUUGUCACGCUGGUAACAGUUGUAUAAUUGUAUAUUAUACAUAUAUUGUAUUAUUGUAAGAUUAGGUUUACGGUUGGGUAGGUGUAGGUGUUAAUGAAAAUAAUUUAUUUUAAUUUAAUGGUGAGAUUUUGCAUCACUUCCGGGUGUAGCUGUAUCCCUUUUAUCCAAAACACAUUCUCUAUUGGCUACCGGAACGUGCGCGACUGCGCGUUCCCGCUGCUUGAGUACCAAGAUGGCGGCCGCCGCCGGAUCAGGCGUGAAAGUCCCUCGUAACUUCAGGCUACUGGAAGAGCUUGAAGAGGGUCAGAAGGGUCUUGGUGAUGGGACAGUGAGCUGGGGUCUUGAAGAUGAUGAGGACAUGACACUCACACGCUGGAGAGGAAUGAUCAUCGGACCCCCAAGGACAAUCUAUGAGAACAGGAUGUACAGCCUUAGAAUGGAAUGUGGACCAAGAUACCCGGAAACACCCCCUUUUGUUCGUUUUGUGACAAAGAUCAACUUGAAUGGAGUUCAUAAUUCAAACGGCGUGGUUGACAUGAGAGCUGUGUCCUCACUGGCCAAGUGGCAGAAUUCCUACAGCAUUCGUGUGGUCCUGCAGGAGCUGCGACGGCUCAUGAUGUGCAAAGAAAACAUGAAGCUACCACAGCCCCCGGAGGGACAAAUCUACAGCAACUGAGCGCUUCUUUACCUUCAUUCAAACACAUUAACACAUUCAAGGCUGAGCAUUCCUCCUUUUUUACUGGACACACGCCAGUAUUUUCUCUGCCUGUACUUCUCUCUGUUCCUGACCGCUCCCUCUAUGCUACAGCAGCCAGUUAGCAGUCCGGCCUUGGGAGCUCACAUUGGACGGAAACCAUGGAUGUAGUUUGUGCUGUGCAAAGCAGAAUACUGUACAUCUUCCUAAUCUUUUUUUAAGUGUUUAUUUGUUAUACAUGCAAAUUGUAAAAAUAACAUAAAUGAUCAUAUUGACUGUACUUUGUGUGCCUUGUUUUUCAAAAGUAAAAGCAACCAUCAUUCAAGACUA